AUGUUAUUAAUAGCUAAGGUGAUGGUUGCUAUCAAAGAUAUUGAAGCUGCGUAUGGAUUGAGUAGAAUCAAAUGGCAAGGAGAUCCUUGCGUCCCUCAUAUGUAUGCAUGGGACGGUUUGAACUGUAGCAACACCGAUAUUUCUACACCUCCAAGAAUAACGUCCUUAAACUUGUCUUCAAGUGGGUUAACUGGAACCAUAGCUCCUGCUAUUCAAAACCUUACACAGCUACAAAAACUAGACUUGUCAAAUAACAACUUGAAUGGAGUGGUGCCUGAGUUUCUAGCCCAGAUGAAAUCUUUGACGAUCAUAAACUUGCGAGGGAACGAUCUUAAUGGUCACAUUCCUCAAGCUCUUCAAAGAAAUGGACUAGAGUUAUUAGUUGAAGGAAACCCGAGGCUUUGUAUCUCUGGUUCAUGCACAAAAGACUACUCCAAGAAGAAAUUUCCACUGAUAAUUGUUGCAUCAGUUGCUUCUGUAGCCAUAAUGAUUGUUGUGUUGAUUCUUGUUUUUGUUCUCAAAAAAAAAAAGCCAUCAUCCCUGGAAGAUAUACAACUUCCACCAAGUACGCCAACAGUGAAUGAUACAAAUGUUACUUCAUCUGAACCAUCAAUUGAGACGAAAAAGAGGAGGUUUACUUAUUCAGAGGUUAUGAAAAUGACAAAUAAUUUCCAAACAGUGGUAGGCGAAGGUGGUUUUGGUGUGGUGUGUCACGGUACUCUAAAUACUUCCGAACAAGUAGCUGUUAAAUUACUCUCUCAAUCAUCGAGUCAAGGCUAUAAGCAUUUUAAGGCAGAGGUUGAUCUUCUUCUAAGAGUUCACCAUACAAAUUUGGUAAGCCUGGUUGGAUAUUGCGACGAAGGAGACCAUUUGGCUCUUAUCUAUGAGUUUAUGCCAAAUGGAGACUUAAGACAACAUCUAUCUGGAAAACGUGGUGGAUCCAUUAUCAAAUGGGGCAGCCGGCUACAAAUAGCUCUGGAGGCUGCACUAGGUUUGGAAUAUCUACAUUUUGGAUGCACACCACCAAUUGUACAUAGAGAUAUCAAAACGACAAACAUAUUGCUGGACCAACAGUUAAAGGCGAAGCUCGCCGAUUUUGGCCUUUCGAGAUCUUUCCCUGUUGGAGGUGAAACCCAUGUAUCAACUGUUGUUGCUGGUACACCUGGAUAUCUUGAUCCAGAAUAUUACCGUACAAGUCGGCUGGGUGAGAAGAGCGAUGUGUACAGCUUUGGAAUUGUGUUAUUGGAAAUGAUCACAAACCAACCAGUGAUUGACCAAUCCCGUGAAAGGUCUCACAUAGCGCAAUGGGUUGGGUUUGAGCUCAACCGAGGAGAUAUUACUAGCAUUAUAGAUCCAAACCUGCACAGGGAUUACGAGUCUCGAUCUGUAUGGAGAGCUCUUGAACUAGCAAUGUCGUGCGUAAAUCCUUCUUCAGUAAACCGACCAAAUAUGUCCCAGGUUGCUAAUGAACUGAAAGAGUGUCUUGCUUUUGAAAAGUGUAGGAGAAAUAUGAAUAUGGACUCUCAGAGUUCGUCUUCUGAAGUGAGCAUAAGCUUUGACACUGGGAUGUUUCCCAGGGCGAGAUAGUGUGUUUGUGCUGCAAAGUAACACAACCAAUGACCGUGUAAAAAAAUGUAUGCGAUCAGUUUCUUCUUUGUUUGGUGAUAUUUUUGGUUCUACUAUGUGCUUGACUCUUUUGGAUUCAACCCUGAUUUGCAUGAGGCUUAUGAUAAUCAUUAAUCACUCA